UUAAUUUGCCCCCACCACAUACCAUAUGCCAUAUAUACCCCUCAAAGCACUCACUCAAAAUUCCUAUAAAUUCUCACCAUAACAUUGCAAAUAUUAAUUGCCCAAAGUGCUUAAUCACUACUACUAUUAUUAUUGUUGGUGGUAGUAGUAGUAUUAUAGUGCUCAGUCUCUUCUACUGUGUAUUUAUUUCUUUUUGUGAUGGAUGUGGAUAAUAAUCAUAAUAGUGUUGGUGCCAUGGCUAGUAGUAGGAAGAAGAAGAAGAAGAAGAAGAAUGGGUCAAUAAGUUCAAUUUUCAUGCAUGCAGAUACCAAAGACUGGUUUUUCAUGCUCUUUGGUUUGUUGGGGGCAAUUGGAGAUGGAUUAACCACACCUUUGGUCUUGUUCAUCACUAGCAAGAUGAUGAACAACCUUGGAAGUUUUUCUAAUCUUGAUGGAGGUGGUGCUUUCACUCAGAACAUAAACAAGAAUGCAGUGGCUUUGUUAUAUCUGGCAUGUGGGUCUUUUGUUGCUUGCUUCUUGGAGGGUUAUUGUUGGACAAGAACAGGUGAAAGACAAGCAACAAGAAUGAGAGGCAGAUAUUUAAAGGCAGUACUAAGACAAGAAGUGGCAUACUUUGAUUUGCAUGUUACAAGCACUUCAGAGGUCAUCACCAGUGUCUCCAAUGAUAGCCUUGUAAUUCAAGAUUGUCUUAGUGAAAAGGUUCCAAAUUUCUUGAUGAAUGCAUCAAUGUUUAUUGGGAGCUACAUAGUGGCAUUUGCAUUACUAUGGAGACUAGCAAUAGUGGGGUUCCCAUUUGUGGUGUUGCUAGUGAUCCCAGGCUUAAUGUAUGGAAGAACAUUAAUGGGGUUAGCAAGAAAAAUAAGAGAAGAGUAUAAUCAAGCAGGGACAGUGGCAGAGCAAGCAAUAUCAUCAAUAAGAACAGUGUAUUCUUUUGUGGGAGAGAACAAGACAAUAGGUGCUUUCUCUGAUGCUCUACAAGGUUCUGUUAGGUUGGGUUUGAAACAAGGGUUGGCUAAAGGGUUAGCAAUUGGAAGCAAUGGUGUUGUCUUUGCAAUUUGGUCUUUUAUGUCUUAUUAUGGUAGCAGGUUGGUUAUGUACCAUGCUGCUCAAGGUGGCACUGUUUUUGCUGUUGGUGCUGCUAUUGCUCUCGGUGGAUUGGCGUUAGGUGCCGGUCUAUCCAAUGUCAAGUACUUCUCAGAAGCAAUCACUGCAGGAGAACGAAUCAUAGAGGUUAUAAAACGAAUUCCAAAAAUUGAUUCAGACAACAUGGUAGGAGAGAUUCUGGAAAACGUCUUAGGAGAAGUCGAAUUGGAUCAUGUUGAAUUCGCGUACCCGUCGAGACCGGACAACAUGAUACUAUCCGACUUCUCCCUGAAGAUUCCAGCCGGGAAAACUGUAGCCCUGGUGGGAGGGUCCGGGUCGGGGAAAUCGACGGUGAUAUCACUGUUGCAAAGGUUCUAUGACCCAAUAGGAGGUGAGAUAAGGGUUGAUGGGGUGCCAAUUAAGAAGAUGCAAUUAAAAUGGCUAAGAUCUCAAAUGGGUUUGGUUAGUCAAGAGCCAGCACUAUUUGCAACAAGCAUAAAAGAGAAUAUUCUGUUUGGGAGAGAAGAUGCAUCUGAGCAAGAGAUUGUGGAAGCUGCAAAAGCCUCCAAUGCUCAUAAUUUCAUCUCACAAUUGCCACAGGGAUAUGAUACCCAGGUUGGGGAGAGAGGAGUGCAAAUGUCAGGAGGACAAAAACAAAGAAUCGCCAUCGCAAGAGCAAUAAUAAAAAAACCAAGAAUCCUCCUUCUGGACGAAGCAACAAGCGCACUCGACUCCGAAUCUGAGCGCGUUGUUCAAGAAGCGCUCGACAAAGCCGCCGUUGGCCGCACCACCGUCAUCAUUGCCCACCGCCUUUCCACUGUUCAGAAUGCUGACCUCAUUGCUGUCGUUCAGAAUGGCAAGGUCGUGGAAAUAGCGCCCCACCAAACCCUAAUUCAAAAUGACGCCGGUAUUUACGCUUCCCUCGUUCACCUCCAAGCGUCAAAGAAUAAUAAUGAACAAGACGACACUGUCGUUUUGCCUCCUCCUACUCAUCCGUCAUCCAUUUCCAACAGCGAUAUUCAUAACACAAGCAGUCGAAGGCUCUCGCUAGUUAGCCGAUCUAGCUCAGCAAACUCCGUUGCCCGCGUGGCUUCUUGUGCCGGUGAUGAUGAUGACGUAGAAAAAAUAGUUGAAGAUAACAACUUUGCUGUUCCUUCAUUUCGCAGGUUGUUAGCUCUAAACCUUCCGGAGUGGAAGCAAGCAUGUUUGGGAUGUAUGAGUGCAGUGCUAUUUGGUGCAGUUCAACCGAUUUAUGCAUUCUCUAUGGGGUCAAUGAUAUCCGUUUAUUUUCUGACGGACCAUGAUGAGAUUAAGAGGAAGACUAUGAUCUACGCACUUUGUUUUCUAGGGUUGGCUGUGUUCUCUCUAAUUGUGAAUGUGUUGCAGCAUUAUAACUUUGCUUACAUGGGUGAGUACUUGACAAAGAGGGUUAGGGAGAGGAUGCUUUCAAAGAUUCUCACUUUUGAAGUAGGCUGGUUUGACCAAGAUGAGAAUUCAACGGGUGCAGUUUGUUCUAGACUUGCCAAAGAAGCAAAUGUGGUAAGGUCCUUAGUGGGAGACAGAAUGGCCCUAGUGGUUCAAACAAUCUCAGCGGUUCUAAUAGCAUGCACCAUGGGCUUGAUCAUAGCAUGGAGGCUCGCCCUUGUUAUGAUAGCCAUUCAACCAAUCAUCAUAGCAUGUUUCUACACAAGGCGUGUCCUUUUACAAAGCAUGUCAAGCAAGGCCAUCAAGGCCCAAAGUGAAACAAGCAAGAUAGCCGCUGAGGCCGUCUCCAACCUCAGAACGAUAACAGCAUUCUCUUCUCAAGACCGGAUGCUCAAGAUGCUCGAGAAGGCCCAACAGGGUCCAAGACGUGAGAGCAUCCGGCAAUCUUGGUAUGCCGGAAUUGGGCUUGGUUGUGCCCAAAGCCUCACGUCUUGUACAUGGGCCUUGGACUUUUGGUACGGUGGGAAACUUAUCUCCCACGGAUACAUAACGUCCAAGGCGCUGUUUGAGACCUUCAUGAUCUUGGUGAGCACGGGUAGGGUUAUUGCUGAUGCUGGUAGCAUGACUAGUGACCUUGCUAAAGGUUCAGAUGCUGUGGCCUCUGUUUUUGCCAUCUUAGACAGGUACACUAAGAUUGAGCCGGAUGACCCAGAAGGGUACAAGCCGGAAAAGUUAACGGGCCAGAUGGAAUUAAAAGAUGUCCAUUUCGCAUACCCAGCUAGGCCCAACGUGAUGAUAUUCGAAGGCUUCUCAAUGCAAAUUGAUGCAGGCAAAUCAACAGCACUAGUGGGCCAAAGUGGUUCAGGCAAAUCAACAAUAUUAGGUCUAAUUGAGAGGUUCUAUGAGCCAAUGAAAGGACAAGUGAGCAUAGAUGGUAGAGACAUUAAAUCAUAUAACCUAAGGUCACUAAGGAAACACAUUGCACUAGUGAGCCAAGAGCCAACUCUAUUUGGUGGCACAAUAAAGGAGAACAUUGCUUAUGGAGCCUGUGAAAAUGAUGAGAAAGUUGUUAGUGAAAGUGAGAUUAUAGAAGCAGCAAGGGUAGCAAAUGCACAUGAAUUUAUUGCAAGUUUGAAAGAUGGGUAUGACACAUAUUGUGGUGAUAGAGGGGUUCAAUUGUCAGGGGGUCAAAAGCAAAGAAUUGCAAUUGCAAGGGCAAUUCUGAAAAAUCCAGAAGUUUUGCUAUUGGAUGAGGCAACAAGUGCACUUGAUAGCCAAUCAGAGAAGCUAGUGCAAGGUGCAUUGGAGAGGGUUAUGGUUGGAAGAACAAGUGUGGUUGUUGCUCAUAGGUUAAGCACAAUUCAGAAUUGUGAUGUGAUUGCUGUUUUGGAUAAAGGGAAGCUUGUGGAAAAAGGGACUCAUUCAUCUUUGUUGGGUAAAGGCCCAACUGGUGCUUAUUACUCUCUUGUGAGUCUGCAACAAACAAGAGCAACCAACACUAAUAAUAGUAAUAAUAAUGUUGGUGAAAUUAGCUAGUUAAUCAAAAAGUCAAAGUCAAUGGUCAAUGGUCAAUGGUCAAUGGUCAAUAUAGGGCUAUUGUGGGUGAUAGCUGCAAAGUACACAAAGAUGGCACUUGAACUGAUCAAGUUGUGUUAUAGUAUUAGCCACUUGUAAGAAUAUUUAUAUCUUACGCCAUUCAUGGUUAAAUGUAUAUAUAUAAUUAUAAUUAUAAUUAUCAAUGCAUGCAUGUACCUUUAUCAAUCAAUAGAAA